CCCGCGCGGAUUCGCCCAAACAAACAACGCUCCGGCCAGGGCCAUCACAAGCACCACAACCCAACCCACCAUGGCGCGCACGACCAAGUACAACACGGCCGUCUCGCCGCAGAAGACACCCAUCAAGGUGCCGCUCAACGACGACCGACAGGAAAAGGCCAUCCGCCGCCAUGCACAGCAAGAAGCCCAGCGCAACUCGAUGCGCGCCUCGACGGCUACUGCCACGCCUGGAAGACGACGCACGUUGCAUGGCGCCGACCAUGACAGCCCCCAAACGCCCUCGCAAGACCAGGACGACAUGCCAGACAUCACUGGCAACGCCGUCACGCCGGGAAACCGCGGCGUCAUGCCCUUGCUGGCCAACUUCGAGGAAUGGAUGAAGAUGGCCACGGACAACAAAAUCAACGCAAACAACUCGUGGAACUUCGCUCUCAUCGAUUACUUUCACGAAAUGUCUCUACUCAAGGAAGGCGACGGCGUCAACUUUCAGAAGGCGAGCUGCACACUCGAUGGCUGCGUCAAGAUCUAUACCAGCAGGGUCGACAGCGUGGCCACCGACACGGGCAAGCUGCUUAGCGGACUCGCAGAGAAUGCCAGCAAGAAGCGGAGAGACGGUCAUGACGCUGAUGGAGGCGACGACGACGACGACGGCGAAGGCGAAGAUGGUGAGGAUGGAGAGGGUGGCCAGAAGAAGCGCAAGAAGAGGGCUGCCCGGUCGGCCGAAGCUACCCUCGCGUCUUCCUUUGCACAACUACAGAACAAGAAGAUGGAGCUCGAGUUUUCAGUAGAUCCGCUCUUCAAAAAAGCCUCCGCCGACUUUGACGAGGGCGGAGCAAAAGGUCUCCUCCUGAAUCACCUGGCCAUAGACGGAAGAGGCAGGAUCGUCUUUGACAGCAGCGACGACGCAAACGAUGCGACCGCCGACGACACACGUGCUACCCCAGUGCCCGAAGACGCCCAUAUGCAGCAAGACCAGUCCCAGACGCCCGAUGCUAUCGAUGUCGAUAUAUCUGGCCUGGCUGCCAGGUACUUUCCCGAUCUAUCCCAGCUCGACCGGGAGGACGUGUGCCCCUCGAUGAAGACGUUCGACCUUGGUGAUGUAAACGGUUCCAUGGAUCUUCCCUUUCUCAAGGCCCCCGAUGACUCUGCCAACGAAGACGGUGCCAAAGAUGAAGAAGACGAGGCGGGCAACCGGUCAGGCCUCUUUUUGGAUGACGACAAUCCUAUGGGCUUCGACGAUGACGACGACGUGAACAUGGGCGGAUUCGACCUACCUCCGGAAACGGGCUUUGGCGAAGGCGGAGAGGUCUGGGCUCGUCAAGUAAUCCAACAUCCACAGGCUCGCGUUCACACUAUGGGCCUUGAAGGGGAUGAGGAGCCAGACAGCGCCGAGGGUGCACUCGGCACUGGUGCUCAAUAUGGCGUCUCUAUGAUGCACGGUCGUGAUCAAGAACAGGAGAAUAUUCUGACCUACUUCGAUCAAGCUCUUAAGAAGAGCUGGGCAGGUCCUGAGCAUUGGCGUAUCUCACGAGUCAAGCAUUCUGCAAAGGCAACACCAGCAACGAAACGGAAAGAGAGGGAGCCCUUCGAGAUUGACUUCGCCGCACCCAUGGCUCAGACACUAGCUGAUAUGCUCUACACGCCUGCAACAUCCAAUUCAACUAUAUCUCUACCAAAAGCGCAAUGGAAGUCCAAGUCGCGUAAUCUUCUCCCAGACGACAAGCAUUUCAACUCGAAGCAGCUAUUGCGUCUCUUCUUGAAACCCAAAGCACGUAUGGACUCCCGAAAGGGCGGACGCCGUGCACAAGCACAGUCUGGAGACCCAGCACGCGUCGACGAAGCAUACUGGGCUGAUCAAGGUCAAGAAGGCGAGGGUGACGACAUACAGGGCAAUUACGAUGCCGACUUCUUCCAAGAUGAUGGUUUGCCAAUGCCUGGUGGGCCUAUCGACGAUGAGGACGUUUUCGCAGACGCUCGCGACCACUUUUCGCCGCCGCCUGACGCACCCGAAGCUACACUACCAAUAGACGGCAUGCUACCUAGCUCGCAGACUGACGCGUUUGGUGCGCAGCUAGUAACACAAAGCCGACGAUUCCGGCCCGAAUACGUGCAGUACGCAAGAGUCGCAAAGAAGGUGGACGUGAAAAGAUUGAAGGACGAGCUAUGGAAAGGUAUCGGAUUCGAAGACAUCUCUGGGCCUCCUCAACCCAACGUCGCCGACGAUCCAGCAAACAAAGCUGUCGAUGGUUCAUUGACUUUUACCGAUGUCGUCAACAGCUUACAGGCUGUGUAUCCGAAACAAACCAUGGCCGAUAUCUCAACGAGUUAUUGCUUCAUCUGCUUGCUGCAUCUAGCCAACGAACAAGGUUUGGUUAUCGAGAAUCAAGAGAAGUACGAGAACCUUACCAUACGGAAAGACUUCACGGCGGAGUUGGAUGUUGGUGGGGCAUGAGGUCCUACUAUCUGGGUCACUCAUUCUCACAGCUCGCCUUAUAGCUGAUUGAAACACGACUCUAAUUUAUACAUUAUUAGAACCAAUGAUACCUUGCUUCAUGAGCUGCAAGCGU